UCUGCUUUGACCUUAUUGUUAUAUUUUCUAGAAAACUAACAAGAUUCAUGAACUCUUUUAUUUCUAGACUUUUAUACUCUAUUGUUAUACUAAAUAAUCGAUAUAAUCUCAUUUGAUAAGGUAGUCUAUGAAUUAUUUUGUUCUGCUUUUACUUCAAGACUUAAAGUAUUAAUGAAGCUAUGAGUUUAUUUUAAUUAACAAAUUUAUUUAUAAUUUCAUAUUUUGUCAAAAUAUUUAAAAAUUAAAUGUUAAUUAGAUAGAACUAAAAUCGAACCGAAACCGAUCUGAUGUGACAGAUUGAUCAUAGUUUGAUUUUACAUAUGGUUCGAUUACGAUUCUUAUUUUUUUAAAAAUAUUAAAAAUGGUUCAAACCCUAUUGGCCGCCACCAUUAAUCUCUUUUCAAGGAGAUUUAGUCUGUAAAUAUUUUUUUUGCUUGGAACUUACUGUAAAUGUUAGACAAUAAUUUAUUAUAGAUGUUUUAUGUUUUGUCUUUUUUUAUAGUCAUCAAAAAUUGAUAAAAUAUACGGACUAGCCUGCAAGUCAAUUUUUUUUUUAAUACAUUAUAAGAAAAGAAAAAAUAUUUAAAAAUUUAAGUCAAAAUUCAAAAGUCAGCAAUAUAUAUUCUCAUUUUUACCUAAUAAACUAUAUAUAUACACACAUCUCUUAAAUUAGGAAAAAUCAUAUAAUGAAUAGUUAAAAUUGAUACCUAUAAAUUCUUAUUUAAAUUUAGGUAACUAGCCGUGUCAAGUAGAUUAAUAACGACUUAGUUGGAAGUGCUAGUCACAACCUAUGCCCCCAUUGACUCUGCUCGUCAUAAUUAAUAUUUAUACUUGUUUUUUGUUUUUAUAGGUUUAAUUAUGUCAAACAUAAUAAAAUUAAUAAAUGAUUUAUGAAGACGUGUUAUUUAUGUAUGAGAGAUUUAUGUCUAAUAUUUAUUAUCUUAUAUUUUAGUCAAAUGAGAAUGAAUUAAUAGUAUGACUCAGAAUUGGAAGCAUUGGAUAAAUCAUAGACUAUUAUAGUUUUAGUGAUAAAUAUACUAAUAAUAUGGAUCAAAAUUGGUAACUUUGCAAUUAUUAAAUCGAAGAUGGAAAAUAUUUUUUAGUGAUGAAAUGUAACUAGAAUUUUAUUCAUAGAUGUAUGUGUCAAAGCAGCGAAAUCACAAAUAACAUCAAAUGUUUUUGUGCCAGUUGCUAAGACUAUCUUUAGAUUAUAAAAUAACAUAGAGAUAUUUUAGUUGCUAUAGUAAGUAUGUUAUCGAUGCAAAUAGCUAGUUUAUUAUUAGUCACAAAAAAUUUAAUUAAUAAAUAAUGAUACAUUUUGAUAAAAAUAAUUUUGUUGCCAAUAUAAGUCUGUGACGAAAAUUUACAAUAAUUAAGAACAAAAUAUUAUGGGAUUGAAUCAAUUUUGUGACAUGAAAUUAGGCAGCAAAUGCAAAUGCAAAUGCAUAGUGUAAUUGGAAUAGAAUCAUGUGAUUGGUCCACGACUCGUAUUCGUAUCAAAUUGAGAGAGAGAUGCAUUAUAUGCUUUCCAUUAUUUAAAACUUGUUAUGCCAAUUAUUGAGAGACCUUUUCAACAUUUUUAUUGGUGGGGAAUAGAAAACAGAUAAAGGUGAUUCCUUUCCACCUUUACCUUUUUGAAAUACAGCAAAAGUGAUUAUUCUUACUUUAGUGUGUGCAUUUGCUUUUUUCUUUCUUUGUUAAUUUCUUUGUAAUAAAUUAAUUUGAGUGCUGACAGGGCAGGGCAGGGGGCCCCAAACCAAACCAUAAUUGAUUGAUGAGAAUUCUAGCUAAGACAAAAGCGCUUCAGCCCUGCCCCCGUCUGUUUAAUUGAGGUUUUUCUUUGUUUCAUCUUUAAAAUGAUCAAACAAAUUGAAGAGACACUAAAACUUAAAAUAAAUGAUCCCUACCUACCUGUUAGGUUAGAUUAGAUUUGAUUUCAAAGCCAUAUAAUAUAUUCUAAUAUUCUUUGGUAUACCCAUAAUACAGCAGCAUAUAUUACAUAUAGCUGGCCGGAGUCUGGAUGGAGAGGAAAAGGUAGUGGUAGUGGUUGUGGUAUGUCACACUGCACGCUGCACACUUCACCCAUAGUUUCCGAUAAAUGAUAACCGCACUUACCCAUUUCACUAAACCAUUCGUUCAACCGUAAACUUGAAUGAAAGGUCCAAACUGCAAGUCUGCAACCUGCAAGCUGCUCUUUCUUUCACACUGCCACUCACUUUGGAUCCUAUCUAUCUUAGAGACUUUUCUACAUAGUCUUGCUCUCGUCAUUCCUCAUUCGUCAUCUCAAUCAUCUUCUCUUACAAAUAAUUUAAAUAUCUACUCAUGGUUGUUCAAAUAGUAGAAGAAAUAAAUUGUUGCAGGACAUUUCCCAGCAAUAAACGACAUUAUUGCUCUCUCUCUCUCUCUCUCAAUGAAUUGUUCCAGUCCACGUCUAUAUAAAGGACAUUUCCCAGCAAUAAACUACAUUAUUGCUCUCUCUCUCUCUCUCUCUCUCUCUCUCUCAAUGAAUUGUUCCAGUCCACGUCUAUAUAAAGGACAUUUCCCAGCAAUAAACUACAUUAUUGCUCUCUCUCUCUCUCUCUGGGGCCUCAAACCUUUCCCCGGUACUGAUUAUUUUCUUAUUUGCAGUUCGUUUCUUGAUUUGCUUCGAGGUAUUCUUCUUAGCUCCAUAUCUGUGCAUUUCGUUUAGAGUCGCGUGUGGUUCUAAGUUGAUAUAGAAGAGAGAGAUCAUGUGCAGCACAGCCCCAAGGUAUCCCAUAUGUGCCAAGUAUCCCACCCUGUAUCCUCCCGAGUGUCCCAAGUGCUCAGCAUUGUCUUCUUCUUCUGGAUGUCAAGAAUAUUAUUACAAUCUUGUCGAGGCUGUAAACAACUAUACGGGGUCUCCGGUUGAUGAGUACAGCUUCGGUGCUGGACUACGGAAAUUCUGGGAAGAAUGGGACCUCAGGAUUCUAAUUCUAUACAUCCUCUAUACUCAGUUGUACCUCCUCAUUUUUGGACGCUUUAGGAGGAGAUCGAAAAGGAAGUUCUUGAUCAAUCUGAAUGUGUCGUUGCUGUAUAUUUUUGCUGACUUGUUGGCAGCUAUUGCUCUCGGGAAGCUCUCCAAAGUCAAAGACGAAGGCACUCUUAAUAAAGAAGCGGUUUUUCCAAAAUUCAAGCCAGAUGAAAUGUGCAACCCUGAUAAACCAGAAAGUUUGUUAAGGGGUUUAUGGGCACCGGUUAUCCUGUUCUAUCUUGGAGGUCCAGACACAAUAACUCUCUUAUACAUCGAAGAAACUCAGCUGUGGCUGAAACACCUAAUAUCGCUGUUAACACAAGGCGGAAGAGCAUGUUUCGUUUUGAUUGAGACCUGGACUCCUUCUGGACUCUCUGUUCUGAGUCUGUUCAUGUGGAUUUCUGGAAUGAUCAAGUAUGCAGAGCGAACAUGGGUUAUCAAGUCAAGAGCCCGGGCAAUCUCUGAAGGUUGUCUUCAACCAGAUGAUUGCACCGUUAUGGAUUUUGUUGGCAUUAGUCCUUCUUCACCGAACAGGAAGCUUGAGCUCGAAAAAAAAACACAGCUCGUGGUUGAAGGUUAUAUCUGUUUCCAGACCUUGAAGCCUCAUAUUCCUGGCUAUCAUGUGCUCAAGAGGCCGCUAGCCAAAUUCAUCAAAGAGGAUACAGAUCCUAAGGACAUUUUCAAACAGAUUGAGAUUGAGUUGGGGUUCAUGUAUGAUGUGCUCUUCAGCAAGGUAGGUACAAUUUUUACAGCAUGGGGUUUCAUUCUCCGGUUUAUUACCUUAUCUUGUGUAGUUUGUGUGUUGGUGGGAUUCUUCAUGGUUGACAAGUCUAGUACUAAAGAUUUGAAAGAUGAUGUCCAAAUCACCAUCAUUCUGCUACUUGGAGCCAUUUUCUUGGAGAUAGUUGGACUUCUUCUUCAACUUGUUUCAGACUGGGCAGUGGUUUGGGCAUGGAAGCACCAGAGCAAGUUGUCAAGUCCAGUACUUUGUGUUCACGAACAUCUAAUCUCUCACAGCAGAUGGUCUAAGGAAGUGGGACAAUUUAGUUUACUGAACUAUUGCACCAAAUAUGAGGCGACGGUGUUCAAUGGAAUGGUGCGGGCUGUGUGUGGCUGGAGGAAACUUCUAAGCAUCAAUUUCAGCUUGCCUUCGAGAAAAGCAAAUCCGACUAUAAAAGCAUUAAUCAUCAAUCAGCUUAGAGAGAGAUCACAGAAGAAUUCAGGACAACCUUCCCAGAAAUCAUCCAUGAAAGCAGAUGAGCGGAGCCUUCCUAACUACGGAUUGGAGCAAGCGCUCGAGAGGGUCAGAGACUUUGGCGAAGCUAUUGUUGUGUGGCACCUUGCCACAGACAUCUGCUAUCACUCUAAAGAUGAAGAACCUACAGAUGAGUCGGAAGCAGCCAAAAUAUUGUCAUAUUACAUGAUGCAUCUUCUUCUCAUAUGUCCUAAUACAUUACCCUUCUGCAACACGGAUGGCAACUUCUCGACGGCUUGUACCGAUAUAAUGGAAAUUCUUAAGAACCAGAAACUUACACUCGCUGAUGCAUGUGAGCGCCUGAAAGAGAAACCUCGCAAGGAAUGCAAAAGUAUCACAGUGAAACGUGCGAAAGAUCUUGCCAGUGCGUUGAUGCAGAAACCAAACAAGGAAAGAUGGGAGAUCAUUAGCAGUAUAUGGGUGGAGAUGCUGUGCCAUGCCGCGAAGGAGUGUGAACUGAAAUACCACGCCCAAGAGCUUAGACAUGGCGGAGAAUUUCUGACUCAUGUGUGGCUGCUACUCAUGCACUUUGGCAUAUAUGGGGACCAAGAGAGAAUUAUACCUCCAGAUUUAAGGUCCAGUGCGCAGGAAGGAAUCAAAGGUUUCAACGAUGUCACACAAUCAACGUUCUUUGAGGGCUGUGAACUCAGUAGCUUUUAAGGUGGUUCUACAUGAUAAUCCCACGUAAUACAGUCCUUCCAAAUUAUCCAGCUUCAGUAUGGGAAAGUAAUUUACUAGUCUUUUUUUCCAUUUUUCUGUUAACGAAAUGAUUGUGUGAAGCCUGCUGAAGUAUUUUCUUUUUCCUUUCUUGUUAUCCUUAAUUUCGGAAUAUAACUCAUAAUCAAACCUUGUUUCUAAGCA